CACAGCGGACGGCCGAACCCUUUUCCGAUGUCUCCUUCCCGUCGCAUUAGCAACGGUCGCUCUCCUCUCGUCCGCAAGCAAUGCCAAAUCACCUCCUUCUUCUCUUCUGGCAAUAGUCCCGUGCCAAACUCUAGCCCUAAUCCUAGUCCCAGCAUUUCAUCUAAUACGUCUUCUUUGCACGACAAAGCAAAGAAGAAGAAGCGUCAUCUUGUCAUUACCCCACCAUCGGUGUCCAACCUCGACAGCUCUAAGUCGGUGGGUGAGAAGGCGGCGUACUCAUCGGAGGUGGUUGGAAAGAGGAUUAGGGUCUUUUGGCCCCUCGACAAGGCUUGGUAUGAAGGACAUGUCCGAUCGUUCGAUGAGGCAUCUGGCAAACAUGUGAUACAGUAUGAUGAUGCGGAGGAAGAGUUUCUCGAGCUCGAGAAGGAGGAUAUCGAAUGGGUAGAGACCGAACGGCCGAGGAACCUUCGUCGGCUGAGAAGGAUCUCGGGAUCCAUGUCCUCGGCGGUUAACUCGCCAUUGGAGUCCGGUAAAGCCGAAGUUGAGGAGGAAAGCAGUGAGGAAGCUUCUUCCGAUGACGAGGGGUGGGGCCGGGAAUCUCGGAGGGAUGUCACGGAGGAUGAUUCUGAAGAUGUAGAGUUGGAAAAUGAGGAUGAUUUGGAGGAGGACGUAGCGGUGAGAUCAAGAAGAAGCGCGGCAUCUAGUUCAUCAAAGCUUUCUUUAAUGCCAGGAAAGCGAAGAAAGAUUGCUGCGGAGAAAAUGGAUUGCAUCAGGACUGUGAAACUGGACGAUCAGGAAGAUAAUACAGAAUCCAAAACACCUGUUGGUGCUAGAAGAAACAACUUCACGCAGCAUGCUAAUUCAUGCGGAAAGAAUCAGCUUUUGGAUGUUUUGGAUUGUAGUUUAACGGAUGAUGCAGCUGGUCGGUUUGGAAAACGACAUGCUGAGAAGUUUAAGUUUCUUGGAGCAGAACGUAAGGAUUCGCAUAGGAGGAGCCCUGGAGAUGCAGGCUAUGAUCCAAAAACCAUUUACCUGCCGCAGGAGUUUUUGAAGAGUUUGUCUGGUGGACAGAGGCAAUGGUGGGAGUUUAAGUCAAAGCACAUGGACAAAGUUUUGUUUUUCAAGAUGGGUAAGUUCUAUGAAUUGUUUGAAAUGGAUGCACAUAUUGCAGCUAAAGAACUCGAUCUUCAGUAUAUGAAGGGGGAGCAACCUCAUUGCGGGUUUCCUGAAAAGAAUUAUUCUAUGAAUUUGGAAAAGUUGGCCAUGAAGGGAUACCGGGUUCUUGUUAUAGAACAAACAGAAACUCCUGAGCAACUUGAAAUUCGUCGCAAGGAAAUGGGCGUCAAAGAUAUGGUUGUUAAGCGUGAAAUUUGUGCUGUUGUUACAAAGGGAACGCUUGUUGAGGGGGAAACAUUGUUAACAAAUCCAGAUGCUUCUUACUUGAUGUCAAUUACAGAAAAAUGCCAAAAUUUUGAUAAGCACAAUACGCAAGGCACGGUGCUUGGCAUUUGUGUUGUGGAUGUUUCAACAAGCAAAUUCAUGUUGGGGCAGUUUGAUGAUAAUCUGGAGAGGGACUGCUUAUGUUCAAUAUUAUCAGAAUUAAGGCCAGUGGAGAUUAUAAAGCCUUUUAAGGUGCUCAGUCCUGUAACUGAAAGGGUUUUAAUGCAUAAUACUAGAAACCCUCUAUUGAAUGAUUUGGUUCCUAAAUCAGAAUAUUGGAAUGCUGAAAAAACAAUUUUGGAGAUCAAGAAAAUUUAUAGCCCAUCAAAAAAUUCAGGAAAUUCAGGGAUGAUGGAUAAUACUGAUGGUGUUCAUAGCCCGGGAAACAAUCCUGAAAUCCUUCCUUGCAUUUUAUCAGAGCUUGAUAGUGCAGGGGAAAAUGGAAGCCUUGCUCUUUCUGCUUUGGGAGGUUGUCUCUUUUAUCUAAGGCAAGCUUUUCUGGCUGAAACUCUGCUCAAGUGUGCUAAGUUUGAGGCACUUCAAUAUGCGGGCUCUUUCAAUCAAAUUCAAAAGUCGUAUAUGAUACUUGAUGCUCCUGCACUUGAGAAUCUUGAGAUUCUGGAGAACAGAAAUGGAAACCCCACUGGGACACUUUAUGCCCAAUUAGAUAGCUGUGUGACAGGAUUUGGCAAAAGAUUGCUUAAAAGAUGGCUUGCAAAGCCACUUAGCAACACAGGCUCUAUUGUGGCUCGCCAAGAUGCAGUAUCAGGUUUCAAAGGUGCUGGCCUUGUUUUUGCACUAGAGUUUCGUAAAAUGCUGUCAAAACUUCCUGAUAUGGAGCGUUUACUGGCACGCCAUUUUGCUAGCUGUGAGGCUUUUGGAAGGAAUGCCAGUGCCAUAAUCCUUUAUGAGGAUGCUGCUCGGAAAAAGCUUAUGGAAUUCUUAGGAGUCCUUCAGGGCUGCCAGUUGAUGGUUCAAGGUUGCUCCUCUUUGGCAUCCCUGCUGACUAUGACAGAGUCCAGUUUGAUCCAUAUUUUGUUGACUGCUGGAGAAGGUUUUCCUGAUGUUUCAAAAAUUUUGAAGUUUUUCAAGGAUGCAUUUGAUUGGUCAGAAGCUGAAAAAUCUGGGCGCAUUAUACCCCAUGAAGGUUGUGAUGCUGAUUAUGAUGCUGUCUGUAAAACAAUAAUUGAAAUUGAAUCUGGUCUGAUGAAGCACCUGAAGGAGCAACGCAAGUUACUAGGAAAUUCAUCGAUUAAUUAUGUGACUGUUGGGAAAGAUACCUAUCUACUAGAAGUGCCUGAGAGUCUGAUUAAUGCCAUUCCUCAUAACUACGAGUUGCGCUCAUCAAAGAAGGGAUUUUUUAGAUACUGGACGGCAGACAUUAAGAAGUAUAUAUCGGAACUGUCAAGAGCAGAAGCUGAAAAAGAAUCUAAAUUGCAUGGAAUUUUGUUGAAGCUGAUGGAGCAAUUCAGUGAGCACCAUAGCAAAUGGAGACAAUUAGUUUCCGUCGUUGCAGAAUUAGAUGUCUUAAUCAGUCUCGCAAUUGCUAGCGACUAUUAUGAUGGACCUACAUGUCGGCCGAUUAUCAAUGAAAUAAAGGAUUCAGAGAGUAGCAUCACUCCCUUCUUAUUUGCUAAAAGCUUAGGACAUCCUACUCUCCGCAUUGAUUCUUUGGGAGACCGCUCCUUCGUUCCCAAUGAUGUGAGUAUUGGCGGAACUGAACAUGCCAGCUUUAUCCUUCUCACGGGCCCUAACAUGGGCGGUAAAUCCACCCUUCUUCGUCAAGUUUGCAUGUCCAUAAUCCUAGCACAGAUUGGAGCUGAUGUUCCAGCAGAGAGCUUUGAGCUCUCACCAGUUGAUCGCAUCUUUGUUCGCAUGGGAGCAAGAGACCACAUUAUCACCGGCCAAAGUACAUUCCUGACUGAGCUUUCGGAAACAGCAUCUGUGUUGUCAUCAGCGACCGGACAUUCCUUUGUAGCACUCGAUGAACUCGGUCGCGGAACAUCGACUUCUGAUGGACAAGCAAUUGCUGGAUCUGUUUUACAGUAUCUGGUUCAUGAGACUCAAUGCAGGGGCAUGUUCUCUACUCAUUACCACCGAUUAGCUGCAGAUUUUGCCAAAAACCCGAAAGUAUCUGUGUGUCAUAUGGCCUGUAAAGUGGGAAAUGGGUUAGAUGGCAUGGAAGAGGUCACGUUCCUUUACAGAUUGACCCCUGGUUCUUGUCCCAAAAGCUAUGGUGUAAAUGUUGCUCGUCUGGCUGGGGUACCUUCCUCAGUUCUUCAGAAAUCCGUGGAAAAAUCAAAUGAUUUUGAGGGUGUUUUUGAUAAUCGCCAACAUGGUCGAAGUGCCCUAAAACAUAAAGAAAUUUCUGUCAUUCAAGAUUUGAUCCAUGUUGCAGAGACCUGGAAGCAGGGGAUGAAUUCUCUGUCUUCUACUAUUAGUCUGCUCAGAGAAAUCCAACAGAGAGCUCAGUUGCUGUUGGUCAAAAGCUGAACUUAAAGUUAGGUAGAUUUGCUCUUACGGGCUUGUGCUGUUGGCAGAACAUAAUGAUUAAUCAAACGCCUCUACAUGCCUACAUGUUUUGGUCUUUUGUGCUAGUUUGGGAAGAGCUGGAAUCUGCUCGCAGAUAUUUAUAUAUAGCAUCGGUUCCAUCAUGUUGGACCAUUUAUUCGGUGAGUACAUACUUAAUGGUGCCCAACUCUUGGGCAGGCAAGACAUGCUUGCAAUUUUGUAAUUGUUCAAUACAAGGCAUAAGUGGGUUUUUGAAUUUCUAUGCCUCACCCCCCUGCAAUUCCCGAAUUGUUUAAUCCAUAGAAUCUCUUGAUCAUUGGGUCGUUAUAUAAAAUUGUAAUUUUUCAUUUUUACUUGUUGAGGUCAAAUUUCUUAGCAUCUUUUCUUGAAGAUUGUCUCAGGAGAUACUAGAGGGUGAUUAUAUUAUGGAAGAUUUACAUGCAUAACCCUCAACUCCUAUGUAUUUACAUCUCUAACCCUAAACU